GUUUGGAGUGCGGCCUGGUGCAGGGUUUGCUUUGAAAUGGACCUGGUAUAUUUGAGUUAGCUGUGGGGGGGGGUUUUUUUUUUUGUUGGUAAUUUUGUUUAAUACUUUAAAGCAGUUGAUGUAGCUUCUAUUUAGCAUUUCCCCUUUGUGUGCAAGGAGCGUUCGCUUUCUCUCUACGGCCGCUGGGCAGAUUCAUCGUCUCAGCAUCAACUUCAAGCUGGAGUCAGGGUUGCCAGCCCUCCCGGAUUGCCCUGGAGCCUCUCUAGGAAUGAAGUAUUAAUCCACUGGGCGUUGCCAUAAACAGACGCCGCAGAGAGAAAAGAAAUCCUUGAAAUUCUUUCAACGCUUUUCUACAGCUAAUAGCCUUUAAGUUCUAUUGGUGGGAAUUCAACCGGGUGGGUGAGAUGGGAAGUCACGCAAUCAAAUGUCCAGGACUGCGUGCAGCCGGAGUUGGCAACCCUAUGAAACCAGAGUAUGGAUUUCCCCACCUAUAGAUGAAAACAAUUCGCAAAACCCCUGUCCCUGGAUCCAGGAGAGGAGACUCCUAGUUGAAAGGAACAACUACCUUGCUACUGGGGUGAUUUUAUCAUAAAGCUUCCAUUCGAAGAUGAAUAAAAACAUAGGGGUGUAUGAAGAGCCAGCGGAUAUCGCUAAGCAGCAGGAACAGCAUUAUCAUCUUCUCUCUCAGCUGCAGAGUCUGGUCAAAGACUUAUCAAGGAGGAGAAAACAAGCAAGUUAACUUUCCAGGGCAGCAACUUCCAUCAGAAUUGGAAAAGAAUUACCGAUGAGUGGUAUUGAAAAAAGAAUAGACAAUGGUACAACAAUGCUCAUGCCAACAGCGUUUGUCCUAUGAUAUACUAAGUAACCUGGCCUUGGCUUUGAUCGAUGGCACUGUCUUUGAGAUUGUUCAGGGUUUGCUUGAGAUUCAGCACCUGACAGAGAAAAACCUCUACAACCAGCGUCUGAAAUUGCACAGUGAGCACAGAGCCCUUAAACAGGAGCUGCUGAGAAAACACAAGGAGGCACUACAGAACUGCAAGAGCCACAACCUCGCAGUGCUCAGAGCUGCACAGCAAAGGGAACUUGAGGCUUUGGAGCAGAGAGUUAAGGAUGAGCAAAGGAUGAUGGAUGAGAAGAUAGUCUUGGAGCUGGAUCAGAAAGUUAUUGACCAACAGAACACACUGGAGAAGGCUGGUGUUCCAGGAUUUUACAUUACUACAAAUCCACAGGAGCUGACUUUACAGAUGAAUUUGCUGGAACUGAUCUUAAAAAUGCAGCAAAAAAUAUCUGAAUCAGGGAGUUGCUGAUGUAGCAAUGUCAUUGGGUCUAAUUCAAAGAAUGUGUGGAAGGACAUUUAGGCUCAUUUAGGAAAUUUCCAGAAGCCACUGGAUUAGAAAUAACAAAACUACAAACCUUUAGUUUCCACCAUCCUGACUUGUCAAGUGCUAUUUGUACAGGAAAUGAUAUACAUAUUGUGAUUGGUUAAACAGUGAGAUUCCUGUAUCCUUCAACUUGGAUUGUGUUAGAUGUCAAGUCAUUGUACAUUACAUACAAUGUGAAAAAUGGAUCAUAAAACAGAUCGCAGUUGUUCCUGUUCUACAGUUUGGUUCGAAUGCUGCAAAUUAGAUCGGAUAUUUGAUUUGCGGCCCUUUCGAUUUAAAUGGAUUUUUAAAAAGGGAGAAGUUCAACUUACACAGUACAUUUUCAGGACUUAUUGAAAUGUUACAUUGCUUAUCUUUGAAUGUGAUUGGUAGAACUGUGACAUUGAUAUCGAGAAUCGUACUCACUGAAGUACAUCCUUUGUGCAGUCUCUUUUUCUGUUUUAUGCAUAUUGACUAAGAAGGAAUCAUGUAAAUGAAUGUAUAAAACCACAUCAAUUUGUAUAACCAGGGAAUCUUUGUGCUGAAGGUUAGGAAAGCAAGUGCAAGAGAAUGAUAUACUGACAAGGGAAAGUUGUAAUUACCAUUUCCAGCAGAUUAUUUUUGUUAUUGUUGUAGGUUCACUGAGAAAUUGUGUAAUCAUUGUUAAAAAUGUAUAACUUAAUGUUACACUCUCUGUGGUCUUUGUGAAUGGGAAUCUAGCAUUUUGUUAGAAGUAACUUUUGUGAUAUCCCUGGAACAUGGGGUAAAAGUGUCACAAUACUAACGUAAAAUGACUAUCUGUUAAUUAUUAAUCUAGGAAAUGACUUGUAAUGUAGAGGGGAGAUGAGGUAAAAUCAUGAGCAGGCAAGCCAGACUUGUGAUUAUUUCGCCAAGACCACUCAGUGAGCUACCACGCUCCUUAACCGUCACAAUUUAAAUUCAGAAAUCACCUUGGCAUGCCAUUGUUGUGUAUUUUUAAUUUGCUUUGCUUUAGGUCUGUAUAUGAUUCUGGUAAUUAAUUUUCAAUAGUUGAACAUUCCACUUUUGUUUUUCACAUCAUUGAAUAAAACUUCUAUUUUUUUAAUUCUA